AUGCCCCCAGUCCCCGAGCCCAUCCUCCGCGCGCUCUCCCUCCCAUCCGAUCCCUCUAAAGUAACCCUCUCAACCUCCGGCCUAGGCUCAGGCUUCACAAGCACAGGCUCAAUCCGCGCCCAAAUACCCACUGAAGCAGGCCCUUCCGAGCGCCGCUACUUUGUAAAAACCUCUGCGGAUGGCACCGCCGCCAAAGAAAUGUUCGAAGGCGAAUACGCCUCUCUCAACGCGAUUGCCGACGCAGUGCCCGGAUUCUGCCCUCGCGCACUGGCCUGGGGCGCUGUCGACGAAGACGCGGCCUCCCCGCGCACCUUCUUCCUAGCGACCGAGUUCCUCGAUCUGAGCGGGGCAAUGGGACGGAGUACCGGCAACGAGACGAGCGCGACGACGUUGGCGGCUCGGCUGGGGAAAUUACAUAGCACGCCGGCGCCUGCGGAUGAGAGUGGGCGGAGACGCUUUGGAUUCCCGGUGCCGACGUUCUGCGGGGAUACGAAGCAGGAGAAUCGGUUCCGGGACAGUUGGGCGGAGUUCUAUGCGGAGGAGCGGCUGAUGACUAUUCUGCGGACGUCGGAGACGCGAAAUGGGCGAGAUGCGGGAUUGAGGGAGCUGGUGGAGGCGACGGCGCAGAAGGUUGUGCCGCGUGGGAAUGCGGAUCGGGGGAAGAUUGUCGGGACGGGGCGCGAGGAGACAGUUGGAGAUGUGGUGUAUGAUCCGUCCGCUGUGUAUGGGCAUAGUGAGUAUGAGUUGGGGAUCAUGCAUAUGUUUGGGGGCUUUGGAAGCAAGUUCUUCGAGCAGUACCAUCGCAUCGUGCCCAAGACGGAGCCGGUGGAGGAGUAUGAGGAUCGGAUUCGACUUUAUGAGCUGUAUCACCAUCUGAACCAUCAUGCUAUUUUUGGAGGGGGCUAUCGCUCUGGUGCGGUUUCGAUCAUGCAGAAACUGAUCCGGAAAUAUGGCAAAGACGAGUAG